CUCAGCCCGGCGCUGCUGCCGGCGUUCUCCACAACGUGCGCGAGGCGCUCAAAAAACAGGCGGCUGAGGGAAAAAAGAGUCAUUUCGGAACGGAAACUGACACGCUAUUUCGUGGAUCACCGGAAAGUGCGUGUGGUUGGAGGACAAGGAGGAGGAGGAGGUCGCUCUUUUUAUAGUGAACCCAGAAAAAUUUUUGGAGGUCCUGAUGGUGGAAAUGGAGGUGAUGGGGGUCAUGUCAUCUUGAAAGCUGACCAGCAAAUGAAAUCACUUUCUUCAGUCCUCCCCUUCUAUCAGGGUUUUCAUGGAGAGAGAGGAGGAAGCAAAAACUGUUACGGAGCUAAUGGUGCAUAUGUGUAUGUUAAAGUCCCUGUAGGUACACUGGUUAAGGAGGAUGGAAAAGUUGUAGCUGACCUCACUCAACACGGUGAAGAGUAUGUUGCAGCUUAUGGAGGAGCUGGAGGGAAAGGUAAUCGCUUUUUUCUUUCCAAUGAAAACCGAGCACCAACAUUAUUUACUCCCGGAGAGCCAGGUCAGGAAAGGGUCCUCCAUCUGGAACUCAAGACAACAGCUCAUGCAGGACUGGUGGGCUUUCCCAAUGCUGGCAAAUCAUCGCUUUUGAGAGCCAUCUCCCGUGCCAAGCCGGCGGUGGCUGCCUACCCGUUCACAACCCUAAAUCCCCACGUCGGUGUUGUCCGCUAUCAGGACUAUGAACAAGUAGCAGUUGCCGACAUUCCUGGCCUGAUAAAAGGUGCUCAUCAAAACAGGGGCCUCGGGAUGGCCUUCCUAAGGCAUAUUGAACGUUGCCGCUUCCUCUUAUACGUGCUAGAUCUCUCUGUGUCCCAGCCGUGGAUUCAGCUGCAAGACUUAAAAUAUGAACUGGAACAAUACAAAAAAGGAUUGUCCGAGAGGCCUUGUGUUGUGGUUGGGAAUAAGAUGGACCUUGCUCAGUCCAGGAUCAAUCUGCCACUUCUGAAAGAACAGAUAGAGGAGCGGGUCAUUCCGUUGUCCGCUUUGACGGGAUACAACCUGGAGGAGCUGUUCUGGCAUUUGAGAGAGUUCUACAACACGUAUGUGAAGACAGAGCAAUCACGAGGGCAAAGCCCAGUCAAGUGGUAG